AUGCAGCAAGUGUUUUUGGAAGAGUAUUACACCAUGAAUAGAACCAGUGAAGCUCGGGAUGCAAUCAGAGCAUUCCAGCAACAUUCAGGGGAAGCGUUUCACGAGGCGUUCACAAGGUUUAAGGAGUUGCUUAGUAAAUGCCCCCAUCAUAGCAUUCAGACAUGGGAAUUGAUUAAAGCGUUCUACGAUGGGCUACUUCCUGAUGAUGUAAGAGAUCUCAUAACUAUCAGUAAUGGGACGUUUCUCACGAAUACAGAAGCUGCAGAUUGGGCAUAUUUGGAGAGACAGAGUGCUACUUCUAAGAGACAGGCACAGUCUAGCAGGAGAGCAAGAUCAGCAUCAGCGAGAUCAGUUGAUUAUGAAGCUGAAGAACGGGUUGAGAAAUUAAAACAACAGAAUUUGCUAUUAGAGCGACAGGUAGCUCAGAUGAAGUUGGGAAAGGGAGCUGAAGUUAGGGCAGCUAAUGCAUUCGCCGUAUGUACAGAUUGUGGUGAGUUAGGACACCUGGUUGGAGAGUGUCUCUCAAGGAUGGGUUCGAAUGAAGAAGUGAACCAAGUAUUCGGUGAACGAAAGCAGUAUGAUAUGAAAUCGAAUACAUAUCAUCCAGGUUUGCGAAACCACCCCAAUUUUAGUUACGGUAAUUCUACUAAUCAAAUGAACCCUAAUUUUCAGGGUAAUCAGCAGGGGAACUCCUCAAGUGCUAGUGGUGGAACAAGUGAUGACAAGUUGGAUGCUAUUAUGAAGUUUAUGAAGGACAUCCAAAAGGAUAAUGAAGUUCGAGACAAAACUUCGGAAGCAAUGGAGAAACAGUUGGGGCAGCUAGCAGAAGAUCUAGCUCAGCUGAGAAGAGAUCCAGGUAAGUUGCCAAGCACUACCACAGUUAAUCCAGCACAUCAGUCAUCUAGCUCAAAGAAUGGAAGAAAUGUGCAUAUCAAUGCGGUAAGUGUUCGUCCAACUUUUGACACUGGCAGCAUUGAGGUAGCUCCACCAUCACAAGUAGUUGAGGAGGUGGUGGAGGAUGUUGAUACUGAAUCAGAUUCUCAACAUGAUCAGGAAAGCACUAAGUUGAAAAAAUCUUUUUGUGAAAAGGAAAUGUUUAGGGAAGUUGAUGGUAAGAAAGUGAAGGUUCCAUAUCCUAUGGCUUUAUUAGAACCAGCUGAAAUAUUUGGUUUGAGUAAACGGGGCCCACCAAGGGAUAAAAGGUGGGAGAAUUUUAAACAAGUUAAAAUUAAUCUACCCUUACUCGAUGCGAUUAAAGAGAAUCCUGAUCAGGUUGAGUGUUUUAAAGAGUUAAGUACCCAAAAACGACUUCACCAGUUUCCUAAAAAACUUGAUUUGACUGCAAAUGUGAAUGCCGUUUUGUUGGGUACCCUUCCCCCAAAACUCCAAGAUCCAGGAGCACCCAUUAUUUCAGUGCAAGUGGGUGAAUUUAAAAUAGACAGGGCACUGUUGGAUCUUGGAGCGUGUGUAGAAGAGUGUUACUACCCGGUUGACUUCUUAGUGCUUGAUUGUGCCACAAGUUCAAAGAACACGCACCCUCCAGUCAUUUUGGGUAGACCGUUCACUGCUCAUGCCAUUAUCAAUUGUGUUGAUGGAACGGUAAGUAUGAGGUUUGGUGACCGUGAAUUGCGGUUAAAUGUGUUUUCAAAUGCUACUGAUCCUCUUAUUACAGGUGAACACUCAAAAGCUGAAAGUGGUGAAGAAAAUGUCUCUCCUACAAAGGAGAUUCAUACCAAACAUGAGUGUUUUAUGGUUGACAGGUUUGAAGUGGCAGGAAGCAAAGCGGUGAGGAAAAAGGAAAGUGUGGCUCAUGAGGAGUUCAAGACAGAAAAAGGGAAGCCACGAGGGAAGAAGAAAAAGAAACCGCCCGAAUGUGAUAAUGCAAAAAGGAGGUUAGAGUUAUUCAAUCCAAUGUGGAAGACAACAGAUGACUUACUAGAGCAUUGGCGGGGUUACCAGGUAUUUAAUCUCUACGGAUGCAAUGGUCCAAGUGUGGGGAUGUUUGGUGAAAUCCCAAUACGUUCUAGUUGUAGUGGCGGACAAUGCACAGAUUAG